UAGGACCGUCGUUUGUCUCUCUCUCUCUCACACACGCACAUUCAUCAGUUGGCAAUCGCCCCUCGCCGUUGUUGUCGGUGGGCCCCACCGACUAACCCGGCGAGUAGAAAUUUCUCUCCCCCCUCCACCCCCUCUCUUGACUGCUCAACAAAGGCCUCGCGUCUCCCACCAUAGAGCUCUCUCUGAGCCCGAAAACAAAAUAUAGCGAGAGCAAAAAUAACCUCAGUCCCAAAUUCUAGGGUUUUUUUUUCUUUUUCCGAUCUAGGGUUAGGGUUUGGGGGAGCUCUGGAUCUGCAAUGGCGCGCAGAUCCUCAUCCUCGUCCCGAUGGCGGUACCUCCAUCCGACCUACUACCUGAAGCGGCCGAAGAAGCUGGCUCUCAUCUUCAUCGCCUUCGUCGUCGUCACUUUCUUCGUCUGGGAUCGUCAAUCCCUUCUCCGAGAACACGAGGAAGAAAUUUCAAAAUUAACAGAAGCACUUAAUCGGUUGCAAGAUCAGUUGCGGAGAGGAGAGGAUGGCUCAGUGGCGGAUGAGACAGGAAGCAGUGGUAAAGAUCCUCUAGAUUUAGAUCCUAUAAACGAUCUGCGAAGAGAAAAGGUGAAGGAGGCUAUGCUUCAUGCGUGGAAUUCGUAUGAGAAGUAUGCAUGGGGCGAGGAUGAGCUUCAGCCACAAUCAAAAAAUGGUGUUAACAGUUUUGGUGGUAUGGGGGCAACACUAGUUGACUCCCUUGAUACUCUGUACAUAAUGGGAUUAGAAGAUGAAUUCCGGAAGGCUAAAGAGUGGGUUGCAAACUCCUUAGAUUUCAACAAGGACUACGAAGCAAGUGUUUUUGAGACGACCAUAAGAGUUGUUGGCGGACUUCUUAGCGCAUAUGAUCUAUCUGGAGAUGAGGUAUUUCUUGAAAAGGCAAAAGACAUUACCGACAGAUUGCUGCCUGCGUGGGAUACACCUUCAGGAAUUCCUUAUAACAGAAUUAACUUGGCUCGUGGAAAUGCACAUAAUUCGGGAUGGACUGGGGGAGAUAGUAUUCUAGCAGAUUCUGGUACGGAACAGCUUGAAUUUAUAGCAUUAUCUCAAAGGACAGGAGACCCGAAGUACCAGCAGAAGGCAGAGAAUGUUAUCACACAACUUCAGAAGACAUUUCCAAGGGAUGGUUUACUUCCAAUCUUUAUAAAUCCGCAUACGGGGACUGCAGCAUAUCACUCAACAAUUACAUUUGGCGCUAUGGGUGAUAGUUUCUACGAAUAUUUACUCAAAGUGUGGAUUCAAGGGAACAAAACUGAAACAGUGAAGCAUUACAGAGAUAUGUGGGAAACAUCAAUGGAGGGCUUGAUAAGCUUGAUUCGGAAAACUACACCAUCUUCUUUCUCAUAUAUAUGUGAAAAAACUGGUGAAUCUCUUUCUGACAAGAUGGACGAAUUAGCAUGCUUUGUUCCAGGCAUGUUAGCUUUAGGAUCAUCUGGCUAUGGCCCAGAGAAGGCGAAAAAAAUGUUAUCCCUUGCAGAGGAGCUUGCUUGGACUUGUUAUAACUUCUACCAGUCAACUCCAACAAAACUUGCAGGAGAAAAUUAUUUUUUUCACGCUGGACAGGACAUGAGUGUUGGUACCUCAUGGAAUAUAUUACGACCAGAGACUGUUGAAUCGCUUAUGUAUCUUUGGCGCUACACUGGGAAUAAGACGUACCAAGAAUGGGGUUGGAACAUAUUUCAAGCAUUUGAGAAGAAUUCCCGUAUCAACUCUGGUUAUGUUGGACUGAAGGAUGUGAAUACUGGUGACAAGGACAACAUGAUGCAGAGCUUCUUCCUUGCUGAGACGCUCAAAUAUCUCUAUCUCUUAUUCUCACCUCCGUCAUACAUCUCCUUUGAUGAGUGGGUUUUCAAUACAGAAGCUCAUCCUCUGAGAAUUGUUCAGAGGAACAAUCCCCAGGGCUCAGAUGAAAAACUAAAGCCCAGGCCAUUCCUUCGACGACUUGGAAGAAAGCAUGGAAGAUCUGAAUACCAUUAGAUGCCCGAGUAUUCCGAAGUUUUUCCUUGUGGGGAGAUAUUUUAUAAUUUGGUUUCUUUCCCCCGCCUUGUGGACCGACCUUCGCUGAGUCACUCGGAUGUUAGCAUGAUUAGAGUUACACAUUAGUGCAAUUUUUGUGUUUUAACCCUGUCAUAUACGUGGAGGGUGUAUACCAUUUUAGACUCAUGGACUUGUUGUCUGCCAUCUGGAGGAUAAGAGAUUACGAGAUGGUAAAGAGCCGUCGGUGUUGUAUGAAAGAUCGAAUGAUAUAAUGUUGUUUCUGGAAGAUUUAUUUGCUUCAGUAAUUAAAUUUGCUAAUAAAACCUGUCAAAGCUAGGUGUGAUAUAACUUUA